AUGUUCGUCGGUCAAUGGAACAAGGAUGUCCUGUUGGCAGAAAGCCCGGUUGCAGUCACCCAGUAUCAACCAUCAGUUGAAAGAUGGACCUGCAGUUGUCCGGCUUUUUUGCGAAGUCGAUUUAUGAUCUGUAAACACCUUGCUCGUCGUUCUGGUUCUGGUCGCAUCGUUGCUAAGCAACAUUUUAUCCAACGCCAAAGCAUUGCUCCUUUUGUGCGUAUACGACCAGUAAACACUACACAUCCUAGUGGCGAUGCCAAUGACGAUGAGGACGACGACGAACACAACGAUGAUGAUGAUGAAGUUAGACAUAUUGAUGAUGGCAAUUGGGAUAUCGCACCUCUUAUUGCUACUACUAACGCCAUUCAUCGCCGCUUCUCUCCUUCUCCUUCCCCCCUUCCUACUACCGCCAUCACUGCUUCUACUGCAACUAGCCAUCCAACGACUCCAACAUUGAUCGACCUAACCAGUAACGAUGACGUAUUUGUUGUCGAUCAGAAAGAGGACCAUUGUGCUGGGAGCUUCACAUGCAGGCGUAUCGAUCAGAGCAACGUGCAUUGA